CCGAUUUUUCCCUUGUACAUCGUUCCACGGCAGCUGCUCGCUUUCGGUCUCAUCAAUUGUUUUCCCAUGGCAUCCGAUAUUUUACUCCCAGGUCAACCAGUAUCCCUCCCUCGUGGCCCAGUACCAAAACUUGGAGGAGGUUUAUACUUAAAGGAUGGACAAGUUAGAGCAAGCCUAGUUGGUGUCGCACAAUACGAAGGAUCUACCCUGGCAAUAUCUCGUGUACGAUCACACCCACCGGCAGAAAAUUCAGUCGUACUAGGGACAGUCACCCGCCUGUCGCCCUUGCAGGCGAUGGUAUCCAUUUCAGUUGUUGAUGGUGUCCCUCUACCGGCUGGUGAAGAAUUCAAUGGUGUUAUACGCACUCAAGAUGUUAGAGCUACCGAAAAAGACAAGGUAAAGAUCAGCGACUGUUUUCGUGGGGGAGAUGUCGUCAAGGGUGUAGUGAUUUCUCUUGGUGAUGCUCGCAGUUACUACAUCACUACUGCACGGAACGACCUCGGUGUCAUUUUUGCUACCAGUGAAGCUGGGGCAUCGAUGGAUCCUGUUUCAUGGCAAGAGAUGAGGUGUCCUAAGACAGGACGAAUAGAAAAGCGCAAGUGCGCGAAACCUGAGACUUUGUAAAUUAGGUCAUUGAAUUAUGUAAUCAAAGUGUGGCACCGAGUCAACCAAAUGUCACAUAGCAGAAGUGCACA